GCGAUCAAAUAUCUUAACUCGAUCAAAUGCACGCAUAUAUAUCUACAUAUCUAAAAUUGUCUAAUUACUGUCUAGAUCAAUUCGUUCUAGUCAAGUUUCUCUUCUAUAAAUGACGACUCUCAAACAAAUAUAUGCUCCAGUUCCCCAGCCAUCUCGCGCGCGCUCUAUACAUAUUGGAGGGGACCCUAAAGGGAUUAAUAUUCUAUACUGUGUAAGCAAUUCUGUGGUUAUUCGAAGUGUGAAGGAUAUCUCAAAAGCUGAAUUGUACCAACAACAUUCAUAUAAUCCAACCAUUGCAAGAUAUUCUCCAAGUGGCUUUUACAUAGCUUCGGCCGAUUCGAAUGGAAUGGUUCGUAUAUGGGAUACAACUCAGGCCGAGCAUAUCUUGAAAUGUGAAUUUCAGCUCCUUGCAGGACCUGCGACGGAUAUGUGCUGGACAGAUGAUAGCAAACGCCUUUCAGUCGUUGGCCAGGGAAGGGAAAAAUUUGGCGUGGUCGUUGCCUUUGAUACAGGUGCAAGCGUGGGAGAGAUUACAGGGCAUAGCAAAAUAAUUAAUUCUGUAGACCUGAAACAAAGUCGCCCUUAUCGAUUAGUUACGGGUUCGGACGAUUUGAACGUAAAUUUCUUCGAAGGACCUCCGUUUAAAUUUAAAAAAUCAAAUAAGUUGCAUCAGCGAUUCGUAAAUUGUGUACGUUUCUCUCCCAACGGUGAACGAUUCUUGAGCGUAGGGAGCGACAAAAAAAUAGUUGCGUAUGAUGGUAAAACAGGCGAUGUUUUACGUGAAAUAGAAGAUGCACACAAACUUGGUAUAUAUUCUGUAGCAUGGUCACCUGAUUCAACCAAGUUUGUCACAGCAUCUGCCGACAAGUCGGUUAAGCUGUGGAAUGCAUCAGAUUUCUCUUUAUUGAAAACGAUUCAAAUGGGAGAAGACAUUGAUGAUCAGGUACUUGGGUGCAUCUGGAAUGGGAAUCAAAUUGUAACGAUCGCGCUAUCUGGAUUCAUUACGUUACUAGACCCAGAGAGUGAAUCGAAAAAAAUCGUUCGUGGUCAUAACAAACGAAUCACUGCUUUAGCAUACGAUAGUUCUAAUAAUAAGAUCUAUUCAGCCGAUUUCAGUGCACGGAUGUUAGAAUGGAAUGUAGAGAGUGCUGAGACAAAUGUCUUCACAGGAAAACCACAUGAAAACCAGAUAUCUGCACUUUCGGUUGCAGAUGGUCAGCUAUAUUCAAUUGGUAUGGAUGAUGCCCUGAAGGUGAGCUCUAUCGCGGAAAAAAAAUGGGGAGAAUCAAUCCCACUUGACUUGCAGCCUGUGGGUCUAGCUGUUUGCGCAGGACAAAAUGUAUCUAUUGUUAUAGGCGGAACAUCUAUAUUGAUUGUCAAUGGCACGAAAAUUGUAUCUAGGACGUCUGUUGAAUACGAUCCAUUAUCUGUUGCAGUUAAUCAAAAGGGCGAUGAAAUUGCGGUAGGAGGAAAAGACAAAAAAAUCUAUGUCUACUCAUUGGCCAAUAAGUCAAAUGUUACUCAAAAAUACGUUCUAUCUGAGCACUGGGGUGAGGUAACUGCAUUGAGUUAUUCCGGCGAAAAUAAGCUAGUAUCAGCAGAUUCAAACCGUGAAGUUAUUGUUUGGGAUGGACAAAAGCGCCUGGUUGAUAAUUGGGUAUUUCACACUACGCGUAUCAACUCGGUUGCCUGGUCACCAGAUAAUGUUCAUAUCGCCUCUAUCAGUACCGAUUCAAAUCUAAUUAUAUGGAACGUAUCUCAGCCAAACAACCAUGUGAUCUACAAAAAUGCGCAUCAUGGAGGGGGAACUGAGGUCACUUGGAUUAACUCGAAUACAGUUGUUACAGGGGGUCAAGAUUGUGCCCUCAAAGCUUGGACCUUCGGUGGCUAAUGUAGCGAAAAUACAUAUCUCAAAGCACCAACAGCUUGUUUGUUCUUAAAAGUAAACCCACAAAGCCUUUAAAAACCUAGGA